GACUUGGCGCUAUAUAAAGCGGAGCGGGGGCAACGCCACCUCCCUUCCUGAGCCGCGGAGCCGCCAUGGACACGAGCCGCGUGCAGCCCAUCAAGCUGGCCAGGGUGACCAAGGUGCUGGGCCGGACCGGCUCCCAGGGGCAGUGCACGCAGGUGCGCGUGGAGUUCAUGGACGACACGAGCCGCUCCAUCAUCCGCAACGUGAAGGGCCCGGUGCGCGAGGGCGAUGUCCUCACCCUGCUCGAGUCCGAGCGCGAGGCCCGGCGGCUGCGCUGAGCCGGUGGGUGCCCCGCUCCCCCCGGUGACGAAGACUUGUCCCGUGUACUCGGAGCCACCAGCGUGCAUCAUCUCAGCUGGAUGUGGGUCACAGAUGGAGAGGAGCGUGGUGUUUGUGUUGUUCACACAAUAAAGGUUUUUUUUUCCAAUU